UCAAUUGAAUCUUACCAUAGUCUUGGAUACCUUUUCCUCUGCAACCUUUUUUUCUUAUUAUCGUUCAAAAUGGCACUUCCUGAAACACAACAAGAUACUAAAACUCUCCCAGAUGCCUGGGAUUACAAAGGUCGACCAGCUGUUCGUUCCUCGUCCGGCGGUUGGUCCAGCGCCGCCAUGAUUUUAGGGAUUGAGGCAGUGGAGAGGCUGACGACGUUAGGUAUUGCUGUAAAUCUGGUGACAUAUUUGACUGGAACCAUGCAUUUAGGAAAUGCUAGUUCGGCCAACAAUGUUACUAAUUUUCUUGGAACUUCAUUUAUGCUCACUUUGCUUGGUGGUUUCGUAGCCGACACUUUUCUUGGACGGUAUCUUACAAUUGGUAUCUUUACCACUAUUCAAGCCAUGGGUGUUACCAUAUUGACCAUCUCCACCAUAAUCCCAAGCCUACGACCACCAAAGUGUUCCCCAGGGAGCUCAACAUGCAUUCCAGCAAGUUCCAAACAACUCAUGGUUCUAUACAUAGCACUAUACAUGACGGCGCUCGGCACCGGCGGCCUGAAAUCCAGCGUCUCCGGCUUCGGUUCCGAUCAAUUCGACGAAACCGACAAGAAAGAAAGAGGACAGAUGAUAAAAUUCUUCAACUGGUUCUUUUUCUUCAUUAACGUGGGAUCCCUUGGUGCAGUGACAGUACUAGUGUAUAUUCAAGAUAAUUUGGGAAGAGAAUAUGGUUAUGGAAUAUGUGCUUGUGCUAUUGUUAUUGGUUUGGUCAUAUUCUUAUCGGGCACAAGAAAAUAUCGUUUCAAGAAACUUGUGGGAAGUCCAUUGACACAAAUUGCUUCAGUUUUUGUGGCUGCUUGGAA